CCGCGCGGCGCUGUGGUCCCAGGCGCAGGCGCAGUGGCGCCGGUGCGAGCCGGGCGGUGAUGGCGGCGCUGGUGCGGGAUCCCCUGGCCUCACGGGCCCGGCUCUUGCCGCUGCCCCCCGGCGGCUCCGUGCGCUCCCUCCUCCGUCAUCGCGCUCGGGAGCUGAAUAUUCCUGAAGAAAGCUUGUAUGUGAAGUGUAACGGGCGACUGGUUAGUGAUGAAGAUAUACUGCAGGAUGGAGCUGUCUAUAGUCUGGAACCAAGACUUUGUGGUGGAAAAGGAGGGUUUGGAUCUAUGCUGCGAGCGCUUGGUGCUCAGAUCGAAAAGACAACAAACAGAGAGGCUUGCCGAGAUCUCAGUGGGAGGAGACUUCGGGAUGUCAACCAUGAAAAAGCGAUGGCUGAAUGGGUGAAGCAGCAAGCAGAACGAGAGGCAGAAAAGGAGCAGAGGCGCUUGGAAAGGUUGCAGCGGAAGCUUGCGGAGCCAAAGCACUUAUUUACAAAUGCAGAGUACCAGCAGCAGUGUCAUGAAAUGGCUGAGAGACUGGAAGAUUCAGUCCUUAAAGGGUUGCAGGCUACUUCGAGCAAAAUGGUGUCGCCGGAAAGCAGUGACGGUCGAAAACGUCCUGGUGAAUCUGGAAAGAAUGAAACAAAACCUCGGAAAAGAAAAUGUUUUUGGCUGGGAUUGGAAGGAUUGGAUGAUGCUGACAGUUCAGACUGUGAGGAUGAGAGUGAAGAUGAUUCCCCUCAUGCAUCUGAUGGAAGUUGUCCAUCAGGAAGCAGAUAUGAUGGAAUUGCUGGAAAAUCAAAUGAAUGUUCAAGCAGCACUCUGGAUUCUCUAGAGGAUACUCCAGCUAGUAGUGCUGCUGACAAACCACUGGAGCAGCCAGAAGGUACUGAAGGAGAACCACAAGGAGAGACAAACUCAGGUGGGCAAACUGAAAUUGCAAAUGAAGAAAAUAGUAAAAUGACAAAGCCCUUGGAGGAAGAGGCCCAAGAAAAGAAUGAAAUAACCCAAGCUCUAAAAGAGGAGGAGCAAGAAAAUGUUCCUUCUAAGCCACAGGAAACCAACCAGUCAGAGAGCACAGAGAUGGAACCAAUAGAUCUACUGGCAUUCAACUCUGCUGCUGAAAUGGAAGCCCUUGGUUUGGAUAAACUGAAGAUGGAAUUGAUGUCUUUAGGACUGAAAUGUGGAGGCACUUUAAAGGAAAGAGCAGCUAGGCUUUUUUCAGUCAGAGGUUUAUCCAGAGACCAGAUUGAUCCUGCUUUAUUUGCAAAACCCUCUAAAGGGAAAAAAAAGUGAUGCAAAAAAAAUUUUAUGCUUCAAAAUCUUUCAUUUUGUUGUCAUUCUGUAGCAUACUUUGGCAGCCCUGGAUAGUUUUGUUCUAUUCUUAAUGAAUUUUGAUUAUUGUAAGACAGAGUAAGUUGCCAUUGAGUUAUGCAUUCAAUAUGUUCCAUAUUAAAGGAGUGAAACUACUGUCUUUUGAUAAGCUUUACAAAUGGUUAUAACUAAGCCUUGAUGGAACAGGUAGGACAGACUCUAUGUGGAAUGAAAUAACCUGGUGUUUUUUCUGUAAGGUGGUUGUGUGACACUGUCAUCAUCUGCUUCAAGAAAAACAAUCCUUUCUUAGCUUUGUACUGAGUUUCCUUCCAUGUGUAUUCUAGUUUAGAACUCUCAAAUGAGAUACACUGAACUUGUGAUCCAGGCUUAAAAGCUUCUUUAAAUACAUUUUUUUACAUGGCUGAAGCCAGUAUAAAUAAAUAAACACAUAAAUAAC